CAAUUUAAUUGAAAUUUCUUUUCUGUGUACCCUUUCUCAAUGCAGAGCUGUCAAUUUCUUGGCCAAACAAAUAUUGCGUUCCCUGUGGAUCAUGGCUCAGAUCGAAGUUUAAACAAAGCCGGAUUAGUUAGCAUUGCACUCCAAUACAAACAAGAUGGUCCACAGGGUUCUCACCUGGCUUUUGCUGCUCCUAACUUUUGUAUUCACUAUUGAUUUGGUGUUGAGCCAUACCAGGAAUAUCUAUACUUCAGAUGGAAAUCGCUUGGGAUUAAGUAGAAAUCUUCCAGAUCCAGAAGAAAUUAGUAACAGCAGUCUUACUCCUUUGAGUCGAUCGAAGCGUUUGGCCAUCUACAAUGGCCAGGGCAUUGUCAAGUUGGUUCCAAGCUUGGCGUAUCCCGUCAAACAGACCGACAAGGAGCAAUCCUUUUGGUGGUUCUUCAACGUGCAGGGCCAGUGGAUCCCCACCACCAUUCCCAUCUACUGGUGGAGCUUCUGGAACACCACGGCCUUCGUGUCCACCGCUCGUGAGUGGCGCAAGGAUAUGCAGGCGAAGGUUUUGCACGAUGAGGCGCGCUCCUGGGUCUACAAUGCCAUCGAAGUGGGCAUGGAGCAAUUGGAUGGAGCCUACGGAGGAGUCUGCUUGCUGAGAAGCAUUUGCGAAAUCUCGCAGAAACCCUUUCAGAACAGCAAUAUUUUUAGCGAGAUUGUAAACUCGGUGCUGGUACCCAACUUGGACAAUGUGGCCAGUAAGUAUCUGCACGCCAGGGAUGCGGGACGAGGAGGAGCCGACUGUGAGCGGACCUAUAGCGACUGCAACCCACUUCUGUGGACCCUCGUCAAGAACAUGGCCAAGAACCCAUUUUAAAUAAAUCAGAACACAUCAUCUUAUCCUCCAGGCACUCAGGGAAACACCAUUUUAAUUUCCUCUUUAACAAAAAAAUUUUUGAAAUGCUUCAGAACGUC